AUGGAUGAGCACCAAAUUCCAAUUGAAGAUUUAGCUAAAAGAUAUAAUACUUCUCUUGAUAAAGGACUUACCAGUACAACAGCUGCUGAGUAUCUUGCUCGUGAUGGACCUAAUGCUCUUUCACCACCAAAAACAACACCAGAAUGGCUUAAAUUCUGUAAAAAUCUUUUUGGAGGAUUUGCCCUUCUCCUUUGGGUUGGAGCAUUUCUCUGUUACCUUGCUUUCACUGUUGAUUAUUUAACAAUUGAACAUCCUACAAAUGAUAAUCUUUAUCUCGGAAUUGUAUUGAUGACUGUAGUCGUUAUCACUGGUUGUUUCCAAUAUUACCAAGAAAAUAAAUCUUCAAAAAUUAUGGAAUCCUUCAAAUCUAUGGUUCCAACUUUUGCCUUGGUUUAUCGUAAUGGUGAAAAAAUACAAAUUCGUGCUGAUCAAUUGGUUGUUGGAGAUAUUGUUGAAGUCAAGGGUGGUGAUCGUGUCCCAGCUGACAUGAGAAUUAUUUCUUCCUUUGGAUUUAAAGUUGAUAACUCAUCAUUAACUGGUGAAUCUGAACCACAAUCCCGUUCCCCUGAAUGUACAAAUGAAAAUCCAUUAGAAACAAAGAAUCUUGCAUUCUUCUCUACUAAUGCUGUUGAAGGUACAGCUAAAGGUAUGGUUGUAUAUACUGGAGAUAGAACUGUUAUGGGAAGAAUUGCCCAUUUAGCAUCAGGUUUGGAUACUGGAAUGACCCCAAUUGCUAAGGAAAUUGAACAUUUUAUUCAUAUUAUUACAAGUGUUGCCGUAUUUCUUGGAGUUACCUUCUUCAUUAUUGCUUUCAUUCUUGGAUACCAUUGGCUUACAGCUGUUGUCUUCUUGAUCGGUAUUAUUGUAGCAAAUGUACCAGAAGGUCUUAUUGCAACUGUAACAGUAUGUCUUACUCUUACAGCUAAAAGAAUGGCUUCAAAGAAUUGUUUAGUAAAAAAUUUAGAAGCUGUUGAAACUUUAGGAUCUACAUCAACUAUCUGUUCUGAUAAGACAGGAACUCUUACUCAAAACAGAAUGACAGUAGCUCAUAUGUGGUAUGAUAAUUCAAUUUACACUUGUGAUACAACAGAAGAUCAAUCUAAUGCUCAAAAUGAAGGUAAAAAAAGUGGAACUUUUGAUGCUCUUAUUACUAUUGCUACUUUAUGUAAUCGUGCUGAAUUUAAACCAGGUCAAAAUGAUGUACCAAUAUUCCGUCGUGAAUGUACUGGUGAUGCCUCAGAAAUUGCCCUUCUUAAAUUCACUGAAGUUACACUUGGAGAUGCUAUGAAAUUCAGAAGUAGUCAUAAGAAAAAUGCUGAAAUUCCAUUCAAUUCUACAAAUAAAUUCCAAGUAUCUAUUCAUGAUCAUCCUGAUGGUAAUCUUUUGGUAAUGAAAGGUGCUCCAGAAAGAAUUUUGGAUAAAUGCUCAACUAUCCUUUUAGAUGGAAAAGAAGUUCAAUUAGAUGACAAACUUCGUAGUUCAUUCGAAUCAGCUUAUCUUGAACUUGGAGGUAUGGGUGAACGUGUUUUGGGACUUUGUGACUUAAAACUUGACCCAUCAAAAUAUCCAAAAGGUUUUGCUUUUGAUACUGAAGAAGUUAACUUCCCAUUAGAAAAUCUUCGUUUCGUUGGUUUAAUAUCUAUGGUUGAUCCACCACGUGCUGCUGUCCCAGAUGCCGUCGCUAAAUGUCGUUCAGCAGGAAUUAAGGUUGUCGUUAUUACUGGAGACUUUGGAAUUACUGCCAAAGCAAUUGCUAAAUCUGUUGGAAUUAUUUCUGAAGGUACAGAAACAGUAGAAGACAUUGCUCUUAGACGCGGUGUUACUAUUGAUCAAGUUAAUCCAAGAGAUGCUAAGGCUGCCGUUAUUCAUGGUUCAGAUUUACGUGAUAUGAGUGAUGAACAACUUGCCGACAUUAUUAACAACCACACUGAAAUUGUCUUUGCUCGUACAUCUCCACAACAAAAGUUAAAAAUUGUUGAAGGAUUCCAAAAACAAGGACAAAUUGUUGCUGUCACUGGUGAUGGUGUUAAUGACUCUCCAGCCUUGAAGAAAGCUGAUAUCGGUAUUGCUAUGGGUAUCGCUGGAUCAGAUGUUUCAAAACAAGCUGCUGACAUGAUUCUUCUUGAUGAUAACUUUGCUUCAAUUGUCGUUGGAGUUGAGGAAGGUCGUCUUAUCUUUGAUAAUCUUAAAAAAUCCAUUGCAUAUACUUUAACUUCUAAUAUUCCUGAAAUUUCACCUUUCCUUACUUACAUUCUUUUUGGAAUUCCACUUCCACUUGGAACUGUCACUAUUCUUUGUAUUGAUUUAGGAACUGACAUGGUACCAGCUAUUUCAUUAGCUUAUGAAGAAGCUGAAUCAGAUAUUAUGAAACGUCCACCACGUGAUCCCGUAAGAGAUAAAUUAGUAAAUGAACGUCUUAUCUCUCUUGCUUAUGGGCAAAUUGGUAUGAUUCAAGCCUUAGCAGGAUUCUUUACAUAUUUCUGGAUUAUGGCAGAUAAUGGUUUCCUUCCAUGGGACUUAUAUCAACUUCGUGCUCAAUGGGAUUCUCGUGCUAUUAAUAAUGUUGUUGAUUCAUAUGGACAAGAAUGGACUUAUGCUAACAGAAAAAUUCUUGAGUAUACCUGCCAAACAGCAUACUUCGUAUCAAUUGUCGUUGUACAAUGGGCUGAUCUUAUUAUUUCCAAGACUCGUCGUAAUUCUCUUGUUCAACAAGGAAUGUCUAACUGGACUCUUAAUUUUGGACUUGUAUUUGAAACUGCUCUUGCUGCAUUCCUUUGUUAUUGUCCAGGACUCGACAAAGGAUUACGUAUGUAUGGUUUAAGAUUCUCAUGGUGGUUCCCUGCAUUACCAUUUUCUAUUCUCAUCUUUGUAUAUGAUGAAAUUCGUAGAUAUUGUAUUAGAAGAUGGCCAGGAGGUUGGGUUGAAAGAGAAACUUAUUACUAA